GUCUUGUUAUUGGGGGUGGGAAAUUGGUGCAGAAAAUUGUUUCCCCCAUUUAUUAUUUGCUUAUUUUCUCUUCACCACCGUGACUAUGGAAAGGAACAACGAAGAAAGAUUAUUAAUUUAAUUAGUGAAAAUUUUAAUGAGAAGCUUUAAGGCAACAAUGAAAGCCAAGUUAAAACGCAUUUACAAGUACCUCGCUGUUGCUGCCGUUAUAUUCGUUUUAGACCGUUUUGGUGUGUUCACACAUCUCUUUGAAUUGGAAUAUGACACACAUUUUCAAUACCCCAUGGAGGGGGAUGUGCUAAAAUAUGCUCAGGCCCGCAAAAAUAAACAAAGCCAUAUCGAGGAUGGUAGUGAAGAAGUGCCAAAUCCCAUAAAUUUAUACAAUUAUACAUUUUUACAUGAACGCCAAUGUGAUGUGGUGGAGGCCAAAAAGCCCCAAUUAACACUGUUGAUCAAAUCAGCAUUGGGCAAUGUGCAACGACGUGAUGCCAUACGACGUACCUGGGGCUAUGAGCAACGCCCGGAUGUUCACAUACGAAGGGUGUUUCUAAUGGGGACAAGCAGCAACACCUUUCUAAUGGAUGCCAUCGACCACGAAGCCAGGGAGUUUGGGGACGUAGUGCAAGCAGAUUUCAUAGAUUCUUACUUCAAUAAUACCAUCAAGACCAUGAUGGGUUUCAAAUGGGUAGUGGAACGUUGCCCCCGAGCUCAUUACUAUAUGUUUGUGGAUGACGAUUACUACGUGUCCAUGAAGAAUGUUCUGCGUUUUAUAGCCCACCCAGCCCUCUAUCCGGAAAAUGCCAUCUCCCUCAACAGCAUGUGGGAGAAGAAAGCCAGCAACGAACAUGAAAAACUAUAUGGAGGCUUUGUUUUCCAGACACGCCCUCUGCGCCAAAAGUUCAGCAAAUGGCUGGUAACGCUCAAAGAAUAUCCCUUCAAUCGUUGGCCUCCCUAUGUGACCGCUGGUGCUUUUAUAUUAUCGCGCAGUGCUUUGACAGAUCUUUACUAUGUCAGCCAAUAUACAAAACAUUUUCGAUUUGACGAUAUCUAUCUGGGCUUUGUAGCGCUUAAGGCCCGCAUUAAUCUGACGCAUUGUGGAAAUUUCCAUUUUUAUCGACCACGUUAUAGUGGUCCGGAUAGUUAUCGCUUUGUGGUGGCCUCCCAUGAGUUUGCGGAUACAUCAGAAAUGGAAAGGAUAUGGAAUGAGUGUAGAUCAUCGAAUUAUGCUUAAAAUGGUUGUGUUCAUUUAGAGGACAAAAAAAAGACAAAAAUACUUACAUACAUACUAUACAUACAAAUAAAUCGUUGAUAGAAUGUUCAUUCACACAUAUCAAAAGGAGUAGAAAA